AGGCUGGAAGCAUUUCUGUAUAAUGAUCAUCCAAUUCAGCUGUCACCUCAACAUUUCUAAUGCAACUCUUCACUUGGGCUGUCGCUCUCCUUUCUAUGGUUAUGGCCACUACGCUUUCAACUGUUGCCGCUAACAAGCGUUGUGGUGAUCCACUGUGCUGGAAGAAAGUUGGUAGUGCCUCUUACUGUAAGGAUUACCAGCAAAAUCCAGCUGGGCGUGUUUGCCAGACUCUCGAUGCCAAGGACACCAGAAUGAUCCCCUGCGAAUGUCCUAAGCCAACCCCCACCACAACUACCACUACUCAAUCACCGACACCUCCUCAUAGGCCUUGUUCUGGCGGUGACUUAUUCUGUGACUUCAUGACAGACGGUGGUGUCUGCGAGAGGUUGCCGGACAGCGAGAACUCCGGCAAGUGCGUUGGUGGCGCCAGACCUGAUGAUUUCUCAUGUGUCUGCAUAUAGGAGUAGAUGUAGCUUUAACUUUUUGUCUCUUUCGCAUUCCCCCUAAAGAAGUGCAUCAUUCACAGUGUGGAUUCCACACAUGUGCCUACUCGUCUGUAGGAUGCAGCGACGGUUAUUGAA